GUAGCCUGCGGUGAAGCAGUCAGGAAUGUGCCCCCCCAGCCCUGCAGCUCCCUGUGUACGUCACAGAUGCUGUGUUCUCCUCUCUCGCAGCCUCAGUAACCGUCUGCAGCAUCUUGUUACUCCUCACACAAGAUGUGACCCCCUCAUCUUUCUCUCCUGGUCACCCCCAUCUGCUUCCUCAAUAUUCAGGCUAUGAACCCAAUGCUGACUCCCAACCUUCUCCUCCUGUCCUCAGAUUCCCCUCUUCAAUCUGAGGACAGCCCCCCAUCCCCCCCUCCAGCUUCACUUUUAUUGGGGGCCCCUUACACUCAGGGUGGGGGGGCCUCCGCUUUACGCAAUGACUUUGGCUCUAACAUUAGUGUCCUGAAGACCCUUAAUCUGCGCUUUCGUUGCUUCUUGGCUAAAGUGCAUGAAUUGGAGCGAAGGAACCGCUCAUUGGAAAGAGCACUUGAGAGAGCACGGGGUGCAGGGCCUAUAACUCGGGAUCAAGCCGUCCAGACUGGUUUUGUGGGACCCAUUUUGGGACUUACUCGUCCUGUUCCCAUGCCAGCCCCUCAGCCAUGGAUUUAUGGCCCCCGUAGACUAGUGACCCGGUCUGAUGUGGUGACGCCAGGGCUAGGAAGCGGGGCCUACUGGGGUCACUCAGAUGGUGUUGGUGUGCAGAUUGAUACGAUCACCCCAGAAAUAAGAGCAUUAUACAAUGUGCUGGGAAAGGUCAAACGUGAACGAGAUGCCUAUAAACAGAGGUGGGAAGAAGAAUAUACAACCCGGGUCCAGCUGCAGCAGAGGGUGACGGAGCUGGAUGAGUGGUACCAUGUGAUCAGUGAUGUCAUGUUAUCUGUUGUGCCAUGUAAUCACCGGUGCAUGUGA